AUGCCGUCCCACCUUAGACUCCAAGUUCAGUUCGAGCCAUUCGCAGCAAACAUUACUCGUCAAACAUCCCCGACAUCACCACCAGCCAAGAAGCAAAGGAUGUCUCUUACUCAGACUUACUACGUUGCCUCCACGGCCAGGUCUAAGCUUGGUCGUGAGGCUGGUCGGGCAGACCACAACCUUCGACGACUCGUCGGACACGCCAACCUUCUCGACAACUUGAUGGCCGAGCUCCAAGAUGCUGAGCGAGCACAGGAGGCUUGGUUCCACCAGUCCGUCUCCAAGGCCAACAAGACCGAGGAGCCCAAGCACAUCACCUGGGUUGACCAAGUCGACACGAUCAUGGAGGAGGACGAGGAGGAAGACUCCGACAGCGACUCGGAUGCCGAGUACGAAAUUGACGACGAUGCUGAGAUCUUCAACAUUCCCGUCGGCAGGGCCAAGCAACCACCGGUUGAGCUCGAGUCAGCAAUUGUCGAGGAUGACAGCGACUACGACGAGGAGGAGGACGAGGGUCUUGCGUUGCGACGAUCACCAUCAAGGCACUCUCCACCUGAGCUUGUUGACGACGAUGAGAGCGAGUCGGAGGAUGAGAUGCCAUCAUCACCAGAGUCGCAAGAGUUCCAACUCGACGAAAAGACGCGACAAGCCAUCACGACAACAGCUUUCUACGACACGAAGACGCAACGAGGUCUUGAAGACUACAUCAUGCAACAUGCACAACAACAGCAGGCACCGCUCAUCGCUGCCUACUGA